UAGCGCUCCCGCUUCUGAGUCUGCUGCUGCUGCCUUAUUUUUACCAGGAGCCUGAGCAGGGUAGCUGCGGUUCACUUUCUUCUCUUCCUGUUUUGCAUGAAUUUCCAGUUAAAAAACCGGAUAUAAUCUCCCUCAUAGAAUGAGAGGAAGAGCCGUGGGUUCCUGAUCUUCCGGACUACGAGGAAAAGGAGAUGCUAAGUGGCACCUGUGCAGGUGAUGGGAUUGUGAAUGAGAAUGAGGAGGAGAAUCCACACCAGGACAGUCAUGAGUCAAUGGAACCACAUGGCACGUUAUCAGGAGCAUCCCAAAGGAAUAUUUCCCAGUGUCCUGAGCAGGAUAAAGCUUGUGAGGGUCAGCACAGAUCAGAAAGGCACCAAAGAACUCCUCCAGGAAAGAGACGAGGUAAAUCAACUGCAUGUGAAAUAGGUUUUAGGAAACUGCCAGACAUUAUCCACCUAGGAAAUCCCAAAAUGGGGAAAUCAAUAAUAUGUGAUGACUGUGGGAAAAGCUUCCGGCUGAGAUCAAACCUCAGACAACAUCAAAGGAUUCACACCGGAGAGAAACCCUUUGGAUGUGCUGAGUGUGGGGAAAGCUUCCGGCAGCGCUCACAUCUUAUUCAGCAUAAGACAAAGCACACGGGGGAGAGACCCUAUGAAUGUACCGAGUGUGGGAAAAGCUUCAGUAUGAGCUCAAAACUCAUUCGGCAUCAGAUAAUCCACACAGGAGAAAAACCCUAUAAAUGUGGUGAGUGUGGCAAGAGCUUCAUUGGGAACUCACAGCUUAUCCUGCACCAGAGAGUCCACACGGGUGAGAGACCCUACAGGUGUGGUGACUGUGGGAAGAGCUUCAGUGUGAGCUCAGCCCUUACUCAACAUCAGAGAACCCAUACUGGAGAGAAACCUUAUGAAUGCACCGAGUGUGGGGAAAGCUUCCGGCAGCGCUCGCACCUUAUUCAGCAUCAGAGAAUUCAUACAGGUGAGAGACCCUAUGAGUGUUCCGAGUGUGGGAAGAGCUUCAGUGUGAGCUCUGCCCUCAUUCAGCAUCAGAGAUUUCACACUGGGGAAAGACCUUAUGAGUGUGCUGAGUGUGGGAAAAGCUUCACAGUGAGCUCACACCUGAUUCAGCACCGGAGAGUUCACACAGGGGAAAAGCCCUAUGAAUGUGCUGACUGUGGGAAAGGCUUCCUUUGGAGAUCAGCUCUUCUUCGACAUCAGAGAAUCCACACAGGACAGAAACCGUAUGAGUGUACUGAGUGUGGUGAAAGCUUCCGUCAGAGCGCCCAUCUUAUUCAGCAUCAGAGAAUCCACACUGGGGAGAGACCCUAUGAAUGUGUCGACUGUGGAAAGGGCUUCACUGUGAGCUCUGCCCUCAUUCGACAUCAGAGAAUCCACAUGGGAGGGAAACCCUAAAAAUGGGCUGAAAGCUUCAUGUCAGAUAUCCCUCCAGAGUCUCCCAAUGGAUAGUAGCCAAGCAUGUUUCUUGCUUUGAGUCCAUAAGGCUCUUCUCUUUUCACAGAGAAUGAAAAAUGCCUUGCUGAGGAUGGUCAAGUUAAACAAAGAGGAAAUGUUGGUGUAGAGAGAUGAGUCAUAUAGGGGCCUGAGGUGUGGAGAGGAAUGUGUGGUGGGAGCCAGAGACCAGGAGGUGCUGUGGGCAGCAGGAGGAUGGAGCAUUUGGAGAUAAAAGGGAAGCUGUUGGUAUAAUUGGAGAGAAGUCAUGUUGUGAAGGUUGUCAAUAAACAUACAUUUAAGAGAAAAGAUAAAAUUGCCCUAUUCCCCUAUGCCCAGGAUGGGCUUUAGACAAUUUAUAGUGAGAUUUUCACAGUCAAAUGGGGCUUUUGGGGUAUUUCAGGACUCAUUGCUAUGUAAUAUCAAGACGAGUGGGAUAGGAGUAGGGCUGUUUUAUUUCUGGCUCUGCUAGGGAUUGUUUUCUAGUGGUUUAGAGAAGGAGGUGGAGAGUCAGGGCUCUUGGGUUCUACUUCCAACUCUGUCAUUGAUUUUUUUUCUGUGACCUUAGCUCACUUCACCUUGCUGUACCUAGGUUUUCCUGUCUGUAAAACUGAGAUAUUAAUCACCUACAUCACAGGGAGAUUGUACUAGUUAAUAUCUAUAUUACAGUAGUGCCCAUAGGCCCCAAUGACAGUCAUGGCCACGUUGUGUUAGGUGCUGCACGAACAGGAUUACAUGGUUUCUGUCUGGAAGAGUUUACAGUUUAAAAAAACAGCUUCUUUUUUGGGAUUCUCUUGUACCUGUUAAUAACUUGGAAUAUUAACAGAGUUAUGGGAUUAAGGAUUCUUUUAGUUUUUCCUCUGAGUUUGGUUACUGCUGCAUCUGGAAAUGCUACAGCCUAUGAGUUUAAUUCUAGUUUCAAAAAACAUCAUCUUCAUUAUUUUUUAAAUUGCCUAAAAAUCCAUGUCUCCUCCGGUUGCCUGGAAAUUUUCUCACUGUCAAGAAGUAUGUCAAAAAGAUCCCAAAAUAGGGUUAGCAUAAAUCACUAUAUCCAGCCCAUUUACAAAUGCUUGUGAACAUCAGGAAUCGGGUACGUGGAAACACAAGUGAUCAUUCAGGUUCUGGCUGUAUUAAAGAAAUUGCACCAGUAUAAUAACUGUAGAUGUGCUGCACAGCACAAAUUGGGGCUGUCAUCAGAGCAGCUCAGUCUGAUAACAUAGAUGUAGUGACACCGGUGCAAAUUUCCUUAUUGUAGACAGGGUCUUAGAACUGGCAAGGCUUCUUCCUGAGAGACUGUAUAUACGGACACUUCAGCUGGAGACAGCGUACCCUGUCUUCUUCUUUCUGGAGUGUCUUCAGCACUAUUCUUCUCUCUGUGGCUUCCAUUUAUCUUUAAGAAUUUAACAAAUUUUCUUUGUUUAAACUGAACAGCCAGAGCUUGUUUUCAUAUGUUCUGGCCAGACUCCAUCUCAGGCUUUUGGCUCCCAUCAGAUGUACGGAUUUUGUCUUGUGGUACUUUUUGGAAUCCCCCAAUUUCCUGUUCUGUCCCUUUCUCUGGAUUAACCCCCCCCCCUCCCCAAGCAUACUCCACUGGCCUAUUUUCUCUCAAAGGCCCCCCUUGGAGGUUCUGGCUCCAUAAAACUCAAGCACCAAUGACAGACCACUUGUGAUCAUCUGAAUAUUGUCUGCUAAUUGAAGUAUAAGAUUCCACUGUAUGGUGUUAUUAACAUGUUCCAAACUGAGGCUGACAAACAGGUCUGUCUCAAACAAAAGAAUGUGUGCUCUGCUUAAUUUGUAUUUAUAUCUGUGUAGAGGUGUAUGUACAUUGUUUGUGAACUUCAAGUUGAACAUGUAGUUAACAGUUCACUCCCCAUCCAGGGUAUGUGACUUGGCCAGAGAGCCAAACCACAGAAGACCCAGAGAUGGAGUCAGGAGAAAGCGCUGGCUUGCACUGGCCCUCACAGAGCCAAGGAAAUGGCCACAAAGGUGGGUAUGAGUGACAAGGAUCCCUUGCAGCAUCACACCCUGACUUCCUCUCUGGGUUUCCUGUGGGUUGGCCCUCUAUGCAAAUCACAUUAUGGUAAUGAUAGCUCUAGCAUGCGUGGGCCGGGUCCUCUUUGGUAGAGCUGUCUUAUAAUGGUUGUUUCAAUAGACUCUGAGCACCCAUCUCUGGAAUGGGAGGUCACUGCUUGUGAGUCACCAGAAGUGGAAUACAUGUAGAUGACAUAUCUUGAACAACCACAGUUGCUGUAGAGUAAGUAACCAUUCUUUUCUCUUUGCCCUGGGCAGCCCUAAUUUGCCAUGUGGCCCCAAAUCAGGGAGCUAAAAAUGGUUCCAUGGUCCCCUCUUUUCAUUCCGUCCAAGUGCAAUUCAGGUAGCGUGAAGAAUCUAGGUCCAAGUGUCUAGCUUAUCUGCUACAGCUACCCAUUGCCCAACAGUGCACCAUAAAUUCUGUCCUGAUCCACUUACUGGCAUAGUGAUUUUCAGGCCUAUUUGACCAUGCAUGUUGAACACU